CGUGUCCGGGCUUGGUCCCGCCGGGGGGGGGCAGGAGAAAAGAGCAGCCCCUUCCCAGCCCUCUGGAACGAGCCUCAGAUGGCACUUCGAAGGCUGCAAGGCUGAACUCGCUCUGCAAAAGUCAGGUGAUUAAAGGCAUCUCUAUCCAGUCGGAGGUGACCCAAGAGAAGGGGAGGGAGAUGGAAGAGCAGGACCCAGAAGGAGCUGCAGCUGGCAAGACAGCAAGCAAAGGCCCCCCUCCCACCCAAGCUGGGAGUGGUGGUGAAGGCUGGGAAAGCCCCGUGCCAGAGACACCUUCUCAAGUCACGGAGAUCUCAGAGGUGCAUGGCCAACACUUCCGGCAGUUCCAGUACCGUGAGGCUGACGGGCCCCGAGAGGUUUGCAGCCGGCUCCAUCGACUCUGCAGCCACUGGCUGAAGCCAGAGAGGAACUCCAAGAAGCAGAUGGUGGACCUGGUGAUCCUGGAGAGGUUCCUAGCCCUCCUGCCCCAGGAAAUGCAGCGCUGGGUCAGGGAAUGUGGGCCGGAGACCAGUUCCCAGGCGGUGGCCUUGGCCGAAGGCUUCCUCCUGAGUCAGGCCGAGGAGAAGAGGCAGGCAGAGCAGAUGUGGGGACCAUCCUUGGAGAGAGAAGCUCCAUUCCCUGAGGCAGAACGAGGUUCCUUGGAGGGAGGGCAGAGGGCGCAGGCCCAGGAGGGUGCCCAAGAUGCCCUCUCUUGGGACAGUGGAGAGAUGCUAUUGAGUCAUUCUGGAGGUGUGGAAACAGCCGCUUUAGCUCCAGUUCAGUGCCCCUUUUCCUUUGAGGAGGUGUCUGUCUGUUUCACCCCAGCAGAAUGGGACCUGCUGGAUCUGGGCCAGAAAACUCUCUACAGGGAAGUCAUGCAGGAGAUCUAUCGGAGCGUCAUCUCUCUGGAAGACAGAAGUAUAAGAGAGGCUUUGCUGGAGAAAGACAACAUCCUCGCAUCCCAAGAAAGGCUGGAGAGUUUCUCAAGGGGAUCCCAAGAACAGAUUUCCUUCCCAAAUGCGCUGGCUGAGAAGGGUGACCAGAGAAGUGAAGAGGGUGAUGAACUUCUCCAGCACUUGUCAGAUCGAGUUCAAGACUUGAAAAAAAACAAAAGAAUUCAAGGCAGACCAAAAAGAAAGGAAGGCAGCCGUAUGGUUGAGAGGAGAGGAGGAAAAAGCUUUAAUGUACAUUUUCCAAAGCAGAGAAUAAUUAAGGCACGUACAUCCACUCAGUGUAGCAAGUACAUAAAAAAUAGAUCACAGCUCCUUUUGCACCAAAGAGUACACAGUGGCAAGAGACCUUUUGAAUGCUCAGAGUGUGGGAAAAGAUUCAGUCAGAGAGGCCAUCUUCACAACCAUCUAAGAACCCACACAGGAGAGAAACCUUUUGAAUGUUUGGAGUGUGGAAAGAGAUUCCGUCAGAGUGGCACUCUAAAACUGCAUCAGAGAAUCCACACAGGAGAGAAAGCUUUUGACUGUUCAGUGUGUGGAAAGAGAUUCAAUCAGAGAGCCCAUCUUCAGCGACAUCUAAGAACCCACACAGGAGAGAAACCUUUUGAAUGUUUGGAGUGUGGGAAGAGAUUCAGACACAGUGGCAGUCUUCAAUUGCAUCAGCGAACCCACACAGGGGAGAAACCUUUUGAAUGCUCAGCGUGUGGAAAGAGAUUCAGUCAUAGUGGCCAUCUUCAACUGCAUCAGAGAACCCACACAGGGGAGAAACCUUUUGAAUGUUCAGAGUGUGGAAAGAGAUUCAGUCUGCGUGGCACUCUUCAGCAGCAUCAAAGAACCCACACAGGGGAGAAGCCUUUUGAAUGUUCGGGGUGUGGAAAGAGAUUCAGUCACAGAGGCCAUCUUCAGUGGCAUCAGAGAACCCACACAGGGGUGAAGCCUUUUGGAUGCUCAGAGUGUGGAAAGAGAUUCAGUCAAAGUAGCAGUCUAAAUCUGCAUCAGAGAACCCACACAGGGGAGAAACCUUUUGGAUGCUCAGAGUGUGGAAAGAGAUUCAGUCAAAGUAGCAGUCUAAAUCUGCAUCAGAGAACCCAUACAGGGGAGAAACCUUUUGAAUGCUCAGAGUGUGGAAAGAGAUUCAGUCGGAGUGGUCAUCUUCAACUGCAUCAGAGAGCCCACACAGGGAAGAAACCUUUUGAAUGUUCAGAGUGCGUUAAGAGAUUCAGUGAUAGUGGCACUCUAAAACUGCAUCAGAGAAUCCAUACAGGGGAGAAACCUUUUCAGUGUUCAGAGUGUGGGAAGAGAUUCAGUACCAGCAGCAAUCUUCAGAGGCACCAAAGAACGCACACAGGGGAGAAA